CCUAGGUAUCUGCCGCCGCAAUGCCGCUCUUGCCGACCCAUGCCGACGCGCGCCCCUGUCAAGCCUGUCCUCGCGUAGCUCCCCCUCCCGCCGCGCUAGCACUACUAACGAUAUGCACUAGCAAGCUGCGGCUUGACAUCACCUCACCCUAUCUCAUGUAAAACCAGUCCACCGCUUUCGACGCCUUUUGGAUACACUGGCGAUCAAAGAUCACAAGCACGUAAAAGAAGAAUAGUUGGAUUCAUUUGAAGGAUUGGCGAGAAAGAGCUGUGGCGAUUUGGAGCAACUGGGUUGACAUCGGGGCUAAAAGUUGAAGAUCGGAAGAAAGAGUCGCAGCAAAAAGUUGGAUUGAGAGUGCGAACCGCGACUUGGCACUAUGGUGCGCGAACACGGAAGUCUGACCAAGGACGCUGAGACGAAUGAGGCCGCUUGGGAGGCCGCGCGGGGUGCGGCGUAUGGGAGUGUUAAGUGGGGCGCCUUCUUCGUCGUCGCCGCCGGCGUCGCCCACACCUUCUCGCCGCUGUACCGCGGCCUCACCAUCCAAUUCAAAACCUACAUCCAAAUGUCGGCCAUGAUCUUCGGCGGCAUGGUCGAGGCCGACGCGCGCAUGGUGCGGUACCACCACGCCGUCCGCAGCCACAAGAAACUGCAGUCGGACAUGGCCGUGUGGCGUGCGUACGAGAACGAGUUUGAGGAGCGGGGGACGCCGGGGGUCGCGGGGGAGGGCAAGGUGCAUCGGCGGAGCGAGGACUAG